GUCUUGGGUCUGAAACGUUGUGUGAACGGCGCGAUUAAACAGAAAGUUUCACAGUAAACUUGAUGGUUUUGAGCCGUCUUCGCUUCCCGGACUCGAUUGUUUAUUCUUGACCUUCACAGCUUAAGUAGUCUGACAGAGGAUAGAGGCACAACAGCGAGGAUCGGAGGAUGUCUCUUCCAAAGCGAGAGGUGGAGGAGUUGAGACCCUGGGUGGAGCGCACAGUGAAGAAAGUGCUUGGUUUCUCCGAGCCCACCGUGGUCACGGCAGCUUUGCACUGUGUUGGAAAGGGACUGGACAAAAGAAAGACAAUAGACCAGCUGCGUCCUUUCCUCGAUGACUCUGCUGGAGGUUUUGUGGAGCGUCUCUUUGAAGCGCUGGAGGAGAGCCGCAGUGCCCGGGGCAACAAAGGAGCAGGAGACAAGAAUCGCAAGAGAGAACUGAAGGAUGUGUUUGGUGAUGAUGACCCAGGUGCAAAGCGAGAACCUCCCGAGGCAGGAGAUGGGACCGUGGUAAAACGGAAACGGACCCCUCGCUUCCAGGAGGUGGAAGAGCCUGAGGUCAUACCUGGACCUCCAUCUGAGAGCCCUGGCAUGCUUACAAAAAUGCAGAUCAAACAGAUGAUGGAGGCAGCCACGAAACAGAUCGAAGAGAGAAAGAAACAACUGAGUUUUUCAUCUCCAGUUCCUGCUGGUCCGCGGCUGCCCCUUUCUACACCACAGUCACAAAUGGAAGCCUCUCCAGUGUCGCGGCUUCUUGGCAAUUCCACCACUGCUGCUGCUGGUGCGUCAUCUAUAGCUCCCUCCCAGGCUGCCAGCUUCAUGAACGAUGCUAUCGAGAAGGCUCGCAAGGCUGCUGAGCUACAAGCGCGCAUCCAGUCCCAGUUAGCCAUGAAACCUGGUAUCCUCGGAGCCCUGGGGAACACUGGGCCAAACAACAUAGUGGCACUAGCUAAUCUACAUGCCAUGGGAAUUGCUCCACCGAAAGUCGAAGUCAAGGAGGUGAACAAGCCUACACCUCUUAUUCUGGAUGAUAAGGGAAGAACUGUGGAUGCAAGUGGCAAAGAGGUUGAACUCACACAUCGCAUGCCCACACUUAAAGCUAACAUCCGAGCGGUGAAGAGGGAGCAGUUUCGUCAACAGCUGAAGGAGAAGCCUGGGGACGACUUGGAGUCCACGUCCUACUUUGACCAGCGUGUGUCUAUAACACCGGCUCAACGCGCUCGCCGGGGCUUCAAAUUCCAUGACCAGGGGCGCUUUGAGAAGAUAGCUCAGAGAAUUAGAACUAAGGCCCAGUUGGAGAGGUUGCAGUGUGAGAUUGCUCAAGCAGCAAAGAAGACGGGCAUCCAGGCCUCCACCAAGCUUGCCCUGAUUGCGCCUAGGAAGGAGGUUCGAGAAGGGGAGGUGCCUAAUUUGGAGUGGUGGGACACUUACAUCCUGCCCUUCAACGUAGAAUUAACCCCAGAAACAAAAUUUGAACAGCUGGAGUUAUUUGGUGUGACCAACCUUGUAGAACAUCCCGCCCAAAUUAGCCCUCCAGUUGACACAGAUAAAGCAGUCACGCUGGGCGUGUACCUGACAAAGAAAGAACAGAAGAAACUGAGAAGACAGACACGAAGGGAGGCCCAAAAAGAAGUGCAAGAACGGGUUCGUCUGGGACUCAUGCCUCCACCAGAACCCAAAGUACGCAUCUCCAACCUGAUGAGAGUCCUCGGGACGGAGGCUGUUCAGGACCCAACAAAAGUAGAGGCCCACGUCAGAGCACAGAUGGCCAAGAGACAGAAGGCUCAUGAAGAGGCCAACGCUGCUCGCAAACUCACAUCAGAGCAGAGGAAAGAGAAGAAGGUUAAGAAGUUAAAGGAAGACAUUACUGAUGGCGUUCACAUUGCAGUGUAUAGGAUCCGUAACCUGCAAAAUCCUGCAAAGAAGUUUAAAGUGGAGGCGAAUGCCAACCAGCUGUACCUGACAGGCACAGUAGUGCUGCACAGAGAUGUCAACCUUGUUGUAGUUGAGGGAGGCCCCAAAUCCCAGAAGAAGUUCAAGAGGCUGAUGAUGCACAGAAUCAAAUGGGUGGAACACAACAGUAAAAGAGAUGAUCCUGAUGGUGACGACGAUACAAAGAGAAACAACAAGUGUUGGUUGAUAUGGGAGGGAACGGCUAAAGAGCGUAGUUUUGGAGACAUGAAGUUCAAGCAGUGCCCCACAGAGAACAUGGCUAGAGAGCACUUCAAGAAGCACGGCACAGAACACUAUUGGGACCUAGCUCUCAGCCAGAGUGUGUUGGAAACCACGGAUGACUGAAACCUGCCUGGAGAGCCCAUAGUUUCCGUCAGCACGCCCCCAGACCCAACCGCCGCACAGCCAGCCGACCCUCUCUGCUGACUGGCUUAAUCAAGUUUAAUCAUGAGACUUGAACAUAGAAAAGGAGGAACAAAAAUCCUGUGUGGGUGUCUGUCCGACAAAUGAGGUUGUGUCUGUGUGUGUAUGCCUGCAUCAGUGUUCAUCUCUUUGGUGGUUGGCUCCUCAAUCAGAUCUUCUUAUCUAUUAUAGAUCGAACAGUAUGUAAAUUACUUACCCAAGGCUUUGUAUGAGGAUGAGAAACAGUGUCAGAUUACGUUGUGAUUUAAUUUUUGUGAUGAAAUCUACAUGUCCACUGAUGUUAAUCCCUGUGUGAGUGAAGCGGUUAAUAGAAACCAACCCAUCAGUGAAAGACUGUAUAACACACAUAGAGUAAACCUGGAAGGAUUGGAAGCAAAACCUCUCUGCAUUGUUUCCAGACUGACUAGUUAUCACAGAUGCAUUUCAAAGAAAUGUAAAGUUCGAAAAAAAAUAAUUAUUUUCUCUUUGACAAAGGAGCAAAUCUUUGACUGACCUCUAGCUAUAUUUCUCUGUACCAUUACAGUCAAAGCCUUAAAUAAACCACACAAUUCCACAAA